AUAUUGUAUAGUUCGCCAGGUAUUUUGUAUAAAACAUUGUAUUCGUGGAUAUCCAGCGAAAUUUGAUGCAGAAUGGGAUAAUGGGUUAAUUCAUCUCCCGUGUUAUUCAUGCUUAACUUCCACCCAACGAUCGCUGUCGCUGUUCCAAGUAUUAUGACGACACAAUGAACGAUGCAACUUAGCUUCGCGGAUUUAUUAUCAAACGUCGGUAUAAAUAAUCGCGCAGCUCGCUAAAUGUUAAAUCUUUUUUAGACAAAAAAUUUCUUAAUAAAAAAUAUUGUUUCGUGAUAAAGGUAACUGUGAAGUAAUAAAGGUAAUUGUGACGUGAUAUUUUUGUUACCAUGGAAACAGCAGAUGAGAUUCGAGAAUUGGCACCGGAGUAUCGCGAUCGACUUCGAACAUGGCUUAUUAAGAUGAUCGAAAGCGGGAAAAUCCCUGGACUUAUGUGGGAAAACCCGGAAAAAACAAUUUUCCGGAUGCCAUGGAAACAUGCAGGGCGACAAGAUUAUAACUUGGAGGAGGACUCGAAAAUAUUUAUGGCGUGGGCCAAACACAGUGGGAGAUACAGAGAGGGAGUUGACAAACCUGAACCAAUAGUUUGGAAAACAAGACUUCGCUGCGCGUUGAAUAAGAUGCCGGAUAUUCAAGAAAUUCCCGAACGCAGUCGUCUUGAUAUCAGCGAACCUUACAGAGUGUACAGACUCUUACCACCAGUUCAUAAAGCUUCGCAAAUUCGACGACGUUUGUUUAAAAGGAGUCAAAGUCAUGAUACCGAUGCUAUGACGUCAUAUGGGAAUCCCCUCCCUACGUCAUCGCGUGUGACGUCACAAAUAAACAACCAACGUCGAAGUAGUUCGAUUGAGCUAUCAGAACGACAACCACUGACGUCACCACCAGGUCUCAUGACGUCACCACCAAGCCUCAUGACGUCACCUAACCUAUGGUACCCUCCAUCUUACCCAUUGAAACAUCAAUUAUCGUCUUACCAACUAUUGGGAAGGAAUAACUUGGAAGGGGGUUUUAACUUAGGUAGAUCCCCGUUACCCCCCUUAAACCCACCCUUUCAUACGUCACUUGCCCCACUUACCCCUUUUCUAUCGGGGGGGAACACCAGUCUUGCAUUACGUCAUCAACCUACGUCAGUGAUGAGUCACGUGCACAAUAUGGCUGCCCAGGUGUUCGCUGUCGAGCAUAAAUAUCGUUCUCAACUCAAUUUAACGCGAAAGCUCGAAGCCGAGAACGAAAGUUUAAAAGCUUCUGAACAAGCCAUGUGCCGGAGGCUAAAUGAGACUCACAGUUUAUUCGAGAAAUUGUCGAAAACUGAAGAGCGCGUGCGCAGUCUGGAGAGGGAACUUGCGCAGUACCGUAGUGCGCAUGCACGUGAAAGAUGCGCACGAGAACGCCUUGAAGCAGAAAGAGAGAAAAUGCAAAAUAUUCUUGGUCGUAUUGAAACGUCUACGUCAUUCAAUGAUGACGUCAUUGUUAGCAAACAAACCGAAAAAAGUGAAACACACAUGACGUCAGCAGUUGCUGACGUCAAACCAUACGUCACACACCACGUGAAUAAAACAUCAAUGUCUCUCAAGCGAAUAAAUUCACCUCUGGAUUUAUCGGUUGAGGCUACGUCAUCGAAAAACCGGAAAUCAUCUUUCGACCAAUCACGAGAUACCACGUGGUCGGAAGAUUUUUUAACAAAUCGACGUCAUAGCAACGUGACGUCACCACCAACGUUUCGAGUGAUUCCUAUGACGUCACAAGAGGAAAAGCCGUCAUCGCGAUCUUCAUGCUCCAGUGAUUCAACCACCUCACGUGAUUCCUAUCGAGGUCGCUCUUUAUCGCCGCCCCAGCGCUCAUCUCAUCUUGCUUCUCAUAGAAAUACAAUACAAGUUACGUGACUAUCGUCGCCCAAUGACAAACCGUAGUUUCUUUUCCCGCCAAAUUCAAAGAUUUGUUCCAAACCAAUCACACAACGCUACGUCAUCGUUUUUCUAAUUUUCAAAUAAAAACUUUUUUGCGAUUUUAACAAA